CCCAUUUCGUUGCCGUACCGCCUGUCGCCAUUUUCAAAACGGCUAAGCUUUAUUGCGCACAUCAGAGUUGUUCAGCAAAGAAGUUUAAAUAAAGAGACGGAUCGUUUGAAUCAUUCAAGAGAGAGCAAAACAUCCUGCACCUCCAGACCGUCAAAGAAAAUGAUGGAGCUACCCAACUACAGCAGCCAGCUGAUGCAGCAGCUGUGGGCCUUGAGGAAGGAGGGCCACUUCUGUGACUGCACCAUCCUGGUUGGAGACAGCCCUCACCGUGCACAUAAACUGGUGCUGGCUGCCUCCAGCAUGCUUUUCAGGUCUCUCCUGGAUGGCUCCGACACUAUCUCCAUCGAUACAGCCCUGGUUUCCUCACAGGAGUUUGGCUGUCUGCUGGACAUGGUCUACACUGGCAAGCUGCCUCUAGGCAAACACAACGUCAGCCGCAUUGCCGCCGCUGCAGACAGCCUGCAGAUGUUCGACGUCGCUGUCGGCUUCAAAAAUGUCCUCACCAGUCUUGUAAACCAGCAACCCCCGGUCCCAGUCCUUUCUACACAGACCGCAAGCCUCGCCGUGAUCAACAAAGCUCAGGCUGUGAACCCUGGAGGUUCAGCUUCACCCAACAAGGGUGACUCGAUUUCACACAAGACAGAGCUACAGGCUGAGCUGAAGAAGCAAGACUGUCUGGGCGCAGGUGAAGACACAGAGGAACCAGCAUGUAAAAGAGCCUGCGUGGAGCUCUCGGAGUCCUCAGGUUCUGACUGCACCCCAUCUGUCACAGAGCCUGAAGAAGCCACAACCGCAGAAAGCGUAGUGGAAGGAAACAAGACUGCAGCUAAGGUAUCCAAUGGGCCUGCCAUUGGUCUGCAUUCCUCUCAGCUUGUGGAGCUCCUCUCCAACAUGUCAUCGGUCCUGGAGCUGCUGAGCCAGGCAGCACAGAGCAGCCUGGAUGAACAGGAGAGACAGGUUGUGUGUCAGUGCUGUGAGGAGGCAGAUCCCAGCUCGGCGCUGGAGAAACUGAUGAGCAGGGUGAAGGAGGGGCAGCUCAGUGAGGGAGGGCUCCUCAGGCUUCUCCGGACUGUUCAACAGAAAGCUCCUUCCUCCUUCCCGACACCACUGCUGUCUCUGGUGGAGGAGACGGAGGGGAACACACAGGAGCCGGAAGGAAACCAAACUGGAGUUGACUCAGGAAAACAGAACGGCACCAGAAGUGAAGAACAGCAAGAGGGAGAGGAAGAAAACAUUAAGGAGGAGACAGAAGAGGACGAGAAAGUCAUUAACAAUACUGUAUGCACAGACUCUUCCUCCCCUCCUCCUCCCUCCUCCUCCCCUUCCUCCCCCUCCAAGCCCUACUCGUGUCGCUGGUGUAAGAAGGGCUUUUCCUUCAAGUGUCGGAUGUCGGCCCACGCGAAGCGCUGCCCCAUGUCCCAGGAGUGUGAGCAGCAGUGCCCACAGUGCCCCGAGAAGCUGGCCAACCAGCGGGCCCUGCAGCGGCAUCGGGCGGAGGCUCACCGCAACACCACACGAGUGAAGAAGAAGGUGGCCUGUGACCUGUGUGGCCGGACCUUCGCCCACCCAUCAGGCAUGAUUUACCAUAAGCGUACCGAGCACUUUGAAGAGAAACCGUUUGCGUGUGAGGACUGCGGCGCCAAGUUUGGCGCCAACUCGUCUCUGAAGAAUCACAUGAGGCUGCACACGGGAGAGAAACCGUACCGUUGCAAACACUGUGACAUGAGCUUCAGUGUGGCGGCUGCACUCGCAUACCACACCAAGAAGAAACACUCUGAGGGGAAGAUGUAUGUGUGUCAGUAUUGUAAGGCCAUCUUUGCCCAGUCCAUUGAACUGACGCGUCACGUGCGAACACACACCGGCGAUCGGCCUUAUGUGUGUCGAGAAUGUGGCAAAGGCUACAGCCAGGCCAGCGGGCUCACCGUCCACCUGCACAACUUCCACAAUUUGUCGGAGCCUCACGACUGUCAGAAGUGUUGUCUCAGCUUCUCCUCGUUGGAGGAGCAUCGCCAGCACAUCCAGGAGUUCCACCCAAAAGAGUUCCACAAGUGUCCCACCUGCAACAAGGUGUUCACCAGCGCCGUCCUGCUGGACAAACACAAGGGCACACACACUGGAACCAAGCCCUUCAGCUGUGACCUCUGCAACAAGUCUUACCAGCAACUGUCAGGCCUGUGGUAUCAUAACAGGACCAACCACCCUGACGUGUUUGCUAGCCACACCCGGCAGCUCAAGACCCUGGUCCAGUGUGACGUCUGCUUCAAGUUCUUUCCCAGCGCCGCCAGUGUGGCCAAACACCAGGCAGCUGAGCACCAAGGCUCGGCAUCAUCAACGUUGCAUUGUCCCUACUGCCCGGCUGUGUUGGGCGGGGAGGAGGAGAUGCAAGAGCACAUCAGCAGCCAGCACAUCAGCCAGAGCAGCGAAGCAUGCAGCUGCUCCCUCUGCUCCCUGGUCUGCUCUUCCCAGCUGGAGCUGCAGGAGCACCUGCUCUCCUGCCACAUGGAGGCACAGGAGGAGCAGGGGGCCGGAGAGGGGCAGGCCUCCACCUCGCGCACAGUGAUUUCAGCAGAUCCAACAGGCAGUGAAGGGGCGGAGUCAAUCAUGUCUGAGGAGCAGGCACAGCUGGCAGCAGCCCAGCAGGUGUUUGUGGCUCUGGCAGGUGAAAGAGAGGGCGGAUCAUCAGCGGAGGUGGUGGAGGUCAACAUGUUUGAACUGCUGAACAGCUCAGUCACCUUCAUCUGUGAGGACAAACCGCCACAUCCUGACUCCUAAAGGGUUAACUUUGACCCUCGGCGGAUCACUCUGGACAGUUUUAUGGUUAUUGUCUCCUCUGAUCAUUAAUCCGACAACACGGGCUAAUUCAGACAUAAUUCACAAGCCAUGGACUCUUUGUGUUUGUGACUCAUGUUUAGUCCACCACAGUAUUCUCUCUGGUAGAGUUCUGCAGUUCUAAUAACUGUGGUGAAUGUGUGGUUCACUUUAGUUUAUGUACAGGAACCCAGCUUAUGAGAGUCGCCCCAGAAGAGCACGGAAAGUCAAAACCAAACACAAAAGCAUAAACACAAACUAAACACAAACAUGACCUUCCUCAGGCAGCCUUGUCUGUUCCUACUUCAGUUACUACAUUUCCCAGAAAACAACCCGUUAGAGACAGAAUGUGGACUAUUUGUUAAAGCUGGAGGUCAGGCCAUCAGCCGAGUGUGGAAGUUCCUGACCUUGGAAACAUUUUUGGGAAAAUGUUACUGCAACAGGAUAUUUAAUAGCUGUGGAUUCAUCCACAUUUGGUGCUUUAGUAUUUAUUUAUGGUUUAUUUUUUAUUAGGGACUGAUACAUUUUAACAUAGAAAAACAGAAAACAGCAAUCCCCAAUGUGUGUACCAUAGUGUUUUUAGCAGUUGCUAAUUUGCAACACCCGGGCUAUUAAUGAAAUAAGUGAUUCCCUACCAGGGCUACUUCUGCAGUUACGGGGUGGGGUGGGGCGCAGCUGAUUUGAUCAUAUAAAUGAUUAAUGUGACACUGAUCUUUAUAAUUAUUCUCACAGUACCAACUGUGGUAGUCUGCACUAGACAGGCCUCAGUUUUCCACCAACCUGAGUCAGCUGGAAGUUGAUUAAGACUUCAGAAAAACUGGUCAAAAAAAAAGAUACCUAUAGGAUUUUGCUGACAAUAAGAAAAAAACUAGAAUAUUGGGAACCUUAACCUUUAAAAUGACGACGCUAGACCAGACACAAAGGUUACCUGUGGCCGCAUUGCAUUCUGGGUUAUUCUCUUCUAGUGUAGGUAUAGAAACCGGUAUCACUUGUGUGAUUGUUGAAUAUCAGUGAAAAUCACAGCUCGGUGAACUUAUUUCUCCUCUUACACCUACAGCUCUCUGCGGCCUGUGACACAUCUCUCCAUGUGUAGCUGUCUACAUCUGUUUGUGCAGUUUACCAGGAACAUUAACAUCGAAACAUAUACACAAGUGCAGAAAUAGUUUAUCACCAGUAGAAAUGUGACGUUGAAGGAAUAAAAUCAAAUAAAACAAA